GAAUACGCAUACACAGACUCUAGUUAGUAAUGACAAGGAUAGCAAUCAGUUGAACGUUAUAUCAGUCAACCAGUCGUGCGUUACUCCAGGUUACGUAGCACGGUACAUGAUCUCAAUGCAACAUGGGUAAAAAAAAGGAGCGUAAGUUCCUAGUCGAAUUUCACAUAUUUCAGCUAUCCAGCAUACCAUCGCGAAACGGAUCGCUCAGAGCGUCUCUACAGCUAGGGAAGAGGAAGAUAGGCAUCACUCACAGGCGCGAGAUUUCGAGCUUUAAGGUUGAAUGGGAUCAGACGUUUGAUUUCAAAUGUGGUAUUCCGGCCGAUGAUGAGGAACGGCUGCUACCUUGCAUAUGCGGUAUAAAAAUUUACAAGGAGACACGAUUCGGCAACGACAAACUUGGUGUCGUAAAAGUCGAUCUCUCGGAGUUCGCUGGGCGUGACGGCAUGGAGCGUCGGUAUAUCCUCAGCGGCGAUGAAUCACACAAACGGAGGAAAGAUAAUUCCAUAUUGCAAAUAAAGGUAUCGCUUACACUCGUAUCCGGAGAUCCAAUUUUUAAAACGCCACAACUCGCAGACGAGACCACUGCCACCGGCCCGGCCCAGACUAAGAAAACCACAUUAGAAUACGCACUCGGCUUUGAUCCAGAUGCUCAAUUAUUGGGUCAGGAAAUCGUCCCUCGGGCAGCUGUAACCAGACCGCAUAUAUCAAGCACUCGUGUAAAUCCAAAGGCAGUGGUGGAAGAUCUAUUCAGCGAACAACUUCAGGCGAACAAUCUGUCCGAGACGAAGCGAGCGAUAACGCAGAGCCAUAACAUGCGCUUUAGUGAAUUAAAUAUGAAUUCGAUAUAACAACCCUGAAGUUGGUACAGUACUCCGGAGGCACUUGCAACUGCCACA